AUGGGUCAAAAAGAUACAUAUGUAGGUGAUGAAGCACAAUCACAAAGAGGAAUGUUAACACUUAAAUAUCCAAUUGAACAUGGUAUUGUUACCAAUUGGGAUGAUAUGGAAAAGAUAUGGCAUCAUACAUUUUAUAAUGAACUUCGAGUUGCACCAGAGGAGCACCCUGUUUUAUUGACAGAGGCACCACUCAAUCCAAAGGUAAAUCGUGAAAAGAUGACACAAAUCAUGUUUGAAACAUUCAAUGUACCUGCAAUGUACGUGGCAGUACAAGCAGUACUCAGUCUCUAUUCAAGUGGGCGCUCAACAGGAAUAGUAUUGGAUUCUGGUGAUGGUGUUACUCAUACUGUCCCCGUUUACCAAGGAUACGCCCUACCACACGCAAUACACCGUCUUGAUUUAGCUGGUCGUGACCUUACCGAUUAUCUCGUCAAGAUAUUGACCGAGCGUGGAUACGCAUUCACCACAACCGCCGAGCGAGAGAUUGUUCGUGACAUUAAGGAAAAGUUGGCAUAUGUAGCACUAGACUUUGAACAGGAACUGAUCCUUUCCCAAUGCUCUGCCACAUUGGAACGGUUUUAUGAAUUGCCAGAUGGCCAACUCAUCACAAUUGGCAAUGAACGAUUCCGUUGUCCAGAAGCACUCUUCCAACCAUCGUUUCUCGGUCUCGAGUCAUCUGGUAUUCACGAAACUGCCUACAAUUCAAUCAUGAAAUGUGAUGUCGAUAUCAGACGUGAUUUGUAUGGGAGUAUAGUGCUUAGUGGUGGCACGACUAUGUUCCCGGGACUACCAGAACGAUUGACACAGGAAAUGAUUGCACUUGCUCCAUCUACAACCAAAGUCAGAGUUGUUGCCAUGCCCGAAAGAAAAUACUCUGUUUUCAUUGGUGGUUCAAUCGUUGCUUCAUUGAAUGCGUUCCAACAAAUGUGGAUAUCCAAAGAAGAAUACGAUGACCAUGGGCCAAGUAUAGUACAUAGAAAGUGUUUUUAA